AAGAGAGCCUCCAUCGUCAUCAAUUUGACAAUUUCUGUUUCUGCGUAUCGUUUUUAUUCUUCCAUGUCUUCCGCUAAUCCUUAUGAAAUCAUUGACGACGGCGACGACGGCGAAGCUUUUGAUUGGGAUGCUGCUGCACGAAAAAUCGACGUCGCUUGCCAAGUCACGAAGCCCACCACUUUACUUGUUGGUGAUACUUCCAAUUCGCGCCAGAUGACUUUACACAAGUUUUUGGGUAAGAAGGAAACCCCAAGGCCUCAACUUGGGGAUCCCAAGAUCGGCAAGAAUGAGCAAGAUUGCUUCGUAGGAGAUGAAGGGGCGAGCUGCAUUGAGGUCGACGCUGAGGCAGUCAAAACUUGGAUAUACCCAGUCAAUAUUCCUCUUCGUGACUACCAGUUUGCUAUAACAAAGUCUGCUUUAUUUUCAAACACGUUGGUGGCAUUGCCAACAGGACUUGGGAAAACCCUGAUUGCAGCAGUGGUCAUGUACAAUUACUUCCGAUGGUUUCCUAGAGGGAAAAUUGUCUUUACUGCUCCUUCUCGGCCACUUGUCAUGCAACAGAUAGAAGCAUGCCAUAACAUUGUCGGAAUACCUCAAGAAUGGACAAUUGAUAUGACGGGUCAACUAAGUCCUGCUAAAAGAGCAUGCUUUUGGAAAACCAAACGAGUUUUCUUUGUCACUCCACAAGUGUUGGAAAAAGAUAUUCAUUCCGGUAAAUGUUUGGUGAAAUACUUGGUAUGUUUGGUAAUUGAUGAAGCCCACAGAGCAAUGGGAAAUUACUCUUAUUGUGAAGUAGUUCGUGAGUUAAUGGCUGUGCCAGUGCAGCUGCGAAUAUUGGCUUUAACUGCAACACCGGGAGCAAAGCGGCAAACGGUCCAGCAAGUCAUUGAUAAUCUGCAUAUCUCCAAUCUUGAAUAUCGCAAUGAAAAUGAUCCCGAUGUUAUCUCCUAUGUUCACAAAAGGAAGAUAGAGUUGAUUCAGGUUGCAAUGGGUCAAGAUGCGGUAGAAAUAAACCAGCAGCUUUUGGAAGUAAUACGCCCAAUUGUAGGUCGCCUCUCGACAAUUGGAGUCCUCAAAAAUAGAGAUUACCGCACCUUGAGCCCUUGUGAAUUACUUGAAAUACGGGAAAAGUAUCGUCAAGCACCUCCACAAGAUCUUUCCAGUGUCAACAAUGGAGAUGUUGAGGGCUAUUUUGGAGUUCUUAUUAGUCUUUACUACAUCCAUAAGCUACUUUCAAGUCAUGGAAUCAGGCCAGCGCACGAGAUGCUUGAAAGAAAAUUGAAGCAAGGAUUUUUUGCAAAAUAUGUGAGUAAAAACGAAGUUCUUUUGAAAGCAAGGAUGUCAAUGCAGCAAAACUUAUCUCAUGGAGCACCAAGUCCCAAGUUAUCCAAAAUGCUUGAAAUACUGCGGGAACAUUUCAAAGCCAAUGAUCCUCAGAGCUCUAGGGUUAUUAUUUUCUCGAAUUAUAGGGAAAGUGUGAGGGAUAUAAUGGAUGCACUAGCAAAUAUUGGGGAACCAAUCAGAGCUACUCAGUUUAUUGGUCAAAGUUCAGGGAAAACAAUGAAAGGUCAGUCCCAGAAAGUUCAACAGGCAGUGCUGCAGAAAUUCCGUUGUGGAGCCUACAAUGUCAUUGUUGCUACAUCAAUUGGUGAAGAAGGUCUUGAUAUCAUGGAAGUUGAUCUUGUUGUAGCUUUUGAUGCUAAUGUAUCGCCACUAAGAAUGAUUCAGCGCAUGGGGAGAACUGGAAGAAAGCACGAUGGACAAGUUGUAGUUUUAGCUUGUGAAGGGACUGAACUGAAGGGAUACUUGCGGAAACAAGCCAAGAGCAAGGCUAUUAGUAAACACAUGCGGAAUGGGGGCAUAAAUAGCUUCACUUUUCAUCCUAGUCCCAGGAUGAUUCCCCACGUCUUUAAACCAGAGGUUCAGUUUGUUGAGCUGUCAAUUGAGAAAUUUGUUUCCCGUGAGAAGAAAGUAAGAGGUGACUCCAUUCAGAUACAUGCAUCUAUUGGCAAACUCACAGCAGCAGAGAAUAAUAUACUUGCGAAGUAUUCAACCACUGGUGAAAAUACGUGGAAGCCAUCUCUUGUUGCCUUUCCUUACUUCCAGACAUAUCCUUCUAGAACACAUAAAGUGAAUCAUUCCUGUAGAGCAAUAAUGCUCAUUGAUUUGAUGCAACGUCUGCAAGGACAAACGUCAUUCUUAGGAAACAGUAAAACUUCCAUCCCUCAGGAUGGCCCGUGUAUAGAAGCUAGCAAUGCAUCCGACCUAAACAAGAUUCGCGAAGUUAGAUCAGACAACAAAUCACACUCUAGGCAUACCGUUGGAAGCAAUGCAGUCUCUGUAAGUUGCCUGAAGCUGGAUCCCUCUCGUUUAGGGAUUCAGACUGAAGACUUUGUUGAUCUAACUGCACCAGAUAAUAUUGUGGGAGAACAGAGAUCGCCUAAUACAAGUUGCAUAAAGAAGGAUGAUCUACCGUCAUCUACUUUAUUUGACUUAGAUGAAAAUAAAGAGAAAACAUGUGAGUUUGAAGAGACAGUUCCUGACACUCCAAUUGCUAACACAGUUAUGUCAGAUGAAGGGCAUAGCAAUAGUGGAACGCCUGAUCAUUCUCAGUUCAAGACAUCUUUGUUGCUAGACGACGUAUUCAAUAACGACAUCAAUGAGUCCCAGUGUAGUCCCCGUUUGACCAGUUUAAUUAAAAGUGGUGUUGUUCCAGAGUCUCCCAUUGAUGAGAGGACUGAUUUCUUCCAGGGUUAUCAAGAAGCCAGCUUAUCAUUCGGCACUCGGACAUUACCAAACCGGAGCUUUAGUGAAGAUUCACCUUUAUGUGGUGGAGAUGUUGCUGAUAGUGUCAAGCCAGCACAUAGAUUUAAAAGGUUGCGUAAAGCUGAGGAUGGUAGGCGUCAUCGGAAAGAGAAAAGCAGAAAAGAUCAUGGCAAAGGUAGAAGGAAAUCAAUGCACAAUGUCAGAGUCUUCAUUGACGACGAGGCUGAGGUUUCUUCAGAAGCUGACGUUUCUAAUGAUGAGGAUGGUGAGGAUGACAGUUCAUCGGAUAGUUUCAUAGAUGACAGGAUGAACCCUACAGCAACAACUCAGUCCAGAGCUAGCGGAAUAGACAUGAUGGCAAUAUACAGGCGUUCUUUGCUCAGUCAAAUACCAGUUGAAGGAGGGACCAACGUUUCUGCAACAUUUAGUCCUGACUACGUGUCGUCUAUGACUAUAAUUAGUGAAAAUGGGGACUCUUCUGGCAGCAUACCAAGACAUAUUCAGACUCGUCAAAUUGAGCAAACAAAUCAGUCAGCUUCCAAGAGUUUGCAGUCCGUUGAAGGCAACCAAAUCACCUCAGAAGCUACACCUUCGAGUAGUUUUCCCUGCUGA